ACGCAGGUGUGCGAGGGCGGGGAGCCGGUCGAGCCUGGCUAUCGAGGACUGUACGGCCGCGGGGGAUCGGUUUGGCGGCGACACUGAACUGCUCGGAGGCCGCCGCAAUGCUCCCGUCUUUGCAGGAAUCGCUGGAUGGGGAUGAAAAGGAACUAGAGAGCAGCGAGGAGGGCGGCCCUGCGGAGGAGCGGAAACUCGAGCCGCCGCCCAGCAGCCACUACUGUCUCUACAGCUACCGCGGAAGCAGAUUGGCACAGCAACGUGGGGACAGUGAUGAUGGAAGCCCAAGUGGCACAAAUUUGGAAACUCCCUCUGGUGAUGAUUUCAGCCUCUCCUUGGUGGAUACUAAUUUACCAUCUGAAGUGGAGCCAGAGCUGCGUAGUUUCAUUGCUAAGCGUCUUUCGAAAGGAGCCAUCUUUGAAGGGCUGGGUAAUGUUGCAUCUGUAGAGCUGAGAAUUCCAGGUUAUCGAGUUGGUUGUUAUUAUUGUCUUUUCCAACAAGGAAAACUGCUUCCUGAAACAGCAACAGUGGGCUCUGAAUAUAACCCUACAGAGUAUGUGGUCUGUUUUUUAGGAGGUUCUGAAAAAGGCCUUGAGCUUUUCAGGCUUGAACUGGACAAGUACAUUCAAGGGCUAAAAAAUAACAUGAACUGUGAGGAAGGGGGCCUGGAAAACCAUACCAAGGCUUAUCUGAACAGCUGGUUUGAGGAUGUUGUUUGCCCAAUCCAAAGGGUUGUUCUUCUUUUUCAGGAGAAACUUACUUUUCUGCUACAUGCGGCUUUGAGUUAUACUCCUGUUGAGGUUAAAGAAUCAGAUGAAAAAACAAAGAGAGACAUUAACAGGUUUCUGAGUGUGGCCAGUCUUCAGGGACUAAUUCAUGAAGGCACCAUGACAUCUUUGUGCAUGGCCAUGACAGAAGAGCAGCAUAAGUCUGUAGUCAUCGAUUGCAGUGGCUCCCAGCCUCAGUUCUCCAAUGCAGGAAGCAACCGGUUUUGCGAGGAUUGGAUGCAGGCUUUCUUAAAUGGUGCUGAAGGGGGUAACCCUUUUCUUUUCCGACAAGUACUGGAGAACUUUAAAUUAAAGUUAUUGGAAAAAUGAGAAUCUGAUAGAAGGAAGGAACCAGAAUAGUAAAAAGUGAAAUGGAAGAAGGCCUAACCUCUUCAAGGAGCUUGCCUUGAAAUGCCUCAAAUACUGGAGCCUGGCAUUGACCCAAUGGAACACCUGUGCUCUGAUAGGGUCUGAUUUUCCUUCUAGGGAAGUCAGUUAUCCACACUCCAGAUAGAAGUGAUUCCUUUGACUGUUAAGCCUGAACCACACUCUUUGUUCUGGGGUGGCUUCUGCAGCAUUUAGAAAUAUUUUAAAAUAAUACACAGGAAACUGACCUGAAAGAAUACUUGGGAGAGACAACCCUCUUGAUGAAUUUAACAGGACAGUUUAAUCCUCAAACCAGAAGUUAACAGAAUGACAACAGGACAUACACUGGCCCCGAUUUAGAGAAGUUAGUGGAAACUCCACUUUCUCAGGCCUCAUCCACUCAAAGCCAGCUUGACAGUUUCUCUUCCUGACCUGGACUCCACCCCUAACUGUCAAGCUCCUUCCUUUUCUGUCUGUGAACUCAGCUUACCCUCCUAACCCUGAGAACAUCCCAUUCCUCAAGGCUAGGAUGCUGAUGGCCCCAAGAAGGACCUGAAGACUAGUCUUCAAGAUGAAGAAGGAAUCCCGAGGACAUUUCAAAGAUUUCAUGAUGAUGAUUACAGUAUGAAUCUGUCCUAGGGAUACAUGAGUGGAAGGGAAGGCCGGGGGCACCCACCAGGACACUGGCUUAGAGGUUCCUGACCUGAAGCCAGGAGUGACUUUCCUCAUCCACUGCCACCCACCUCAAAAAUCAUCCACAAAAUCGUCUUUGUAUAUGCAUUUGAUGGGAAGAGCAAUCAGGGCUUUCACCAACCACUGAAAUGAGCUCAGCAAUUCAGUAAAGUUGAAGAAAGAAACACUGGCACCAACCCCCCAUGCUCCCUCCAUGUUUAUGAACUGCCAAUCCCCCACCACUGUCCCUCACCGUCUCCCACCCACCCUGACCCAGGCCCAGACAAAAACAGGUUCCCGUACCAGCCCUCAGGACACAUCCUGAAUAACCAAUGACUUAAAAAAAAAAAUCUUUAAUGGAAUCUGUGCUCAAAUAAUAUGUUACAACAAAAAUAUACAGAAUGUACACAAUACA